GCCUCUAUGACGCACGCUUAGCAACAAUCAUGGCGACCAAGAAGCUUUGCUCCACGACAUUGCUUAGCUAGUUGAUAAGCUAACAUGUGCUGCUUUUAUAAAUACAAUUAACCAGUCAAAAGAUUUUUCUGGAUGGAUAUUCAGAUAACACUGUAAUGUACAUGUUUGUAGAUGUACUUGUUUUCUUUUGAGCAUGGGAUACUCUACUGUGUUUCUAAUCAUGAAUGGAAAUCGAGCACUCUGCCCUGCCUCGACUGGAAAGCUAACUAGUCAACGCAUUAUCGAAGACCACAUGAUCUCUCAUUACAAAAAGCUGUACUCAGCAAAAGCCGUUGUGGACUGUUCCAUACCCAAAAGUAUGCGCUCUAAUGUAAAAUAUCUCGACCAAAAACGACACGAACAGCUGAAGAAAGAGAGGACACAAUCAGCGAGGUCCCUUUCAAAGAGGAGUCUCAGGCUGGAUAAUAUUAGCUCUUGUUCACCCAGAAAUGCCAGACCCUCAGCUCAUGGUGCUGAGAGUCCCUAUAUUAACUCGGGUGUCUCUGUCAUGUCCUCCCCAAGGUUUAGUACUUCGUUCCAUUGUAAACAAAUUGUUUAUUCUUCCCAAAUGGCUGCACAGUCUCAGAACUGCAGGGCGUCCUCAGAAUUAUGUUCCAGAAGCCCAAAAUCUCAAAGCAACUGCUUUACUCUUUCGUGUGCCACAUCUUCAAGUCAGGAGAAGUUUAAAAGUUUUCAAGACCCUUCACAGAAAACCUACAGUGGUGACCUUCUUCUAAAACAUGCCCACUGUUUUACACAAGAAAAGCCUUACAAACCCAGAACUUUGAAAAAAGAUACUAAGUCCACUCUGUCUACUUAUCGAUAUUACACUCCUGCAAAUAGGAAACAGGCCAAAGAAAAAACACCAACUAAAUCCAAUCAACCAGGUCCUCACCUUAGCAGAGAGACAAGAUCUGCAACAGCUCAGGACUUACACCAGCCAUGCAGUGCUGACCGUGAGUGGUCUGAUGAAGAGUCAAAUGUGUUUGGACAGCAUGGCACUGAAAAUAAUUUCAGAGCUAAGGAUUUUUUUCUUAGCUCCUCACGGGUAUCACCAGAGGGAAUGAGGUCCCCAUUUAUGAGAAAAGUAACAGCAGAAGAAGAAGAACUACUGUACCUACAGUUUAUUUCGGAUGUAACAGAUGAGAUUGUACAACGGGGCUUCUAUUCUGACAGAGUACUUGAACGGGUGUUUGAGCGUCACAUUGAUAUGAAUAAACAUCGGCUAGCUGAAGACAAAAUGCGCCACCUUCUGGAAGUGCUGCAUAAUGAUUUGCAAAAGCCUUCUUCUUCGUCUGUUACCGUUCUUGAGAAUAAGGAAGGAUACGGUUCUUUAUCGCACAAACACAAGGACUCAAGUCUUCAGCAAGAGUUAGGAAAUUCUGUGAAAGAUACCAGUAUUCUUUCUUCUACACCCUUAAGGGACAAGGACACAUGGGAACUUAGUGGUGUCACUUCUUCUAGUUUAGAUACCACACCAGUGCAUGACAGCAUUUCACUGACUGCUAUAUCUGUUAGACAAGAAGAUAAAAAGUGCAUAAUGGACCUGGAGAGAGAUCAUAAAAAAAGAAAUGCAGCAUCUACAGGUUUGAAAAAAUAUCAGUUCAACGAAGGAGACAGGCAUCAUGGCUGUGCAGAAAAUAAGGGCCUUGAUGAAGUUGAUGAACUUGGAAGAAACAUGGCAGAGUCCUUAAAAGUAUCUGAGAUUCACAACUCACAGGAGGUCAUGGAACAAAAUUCAUUUGUGAAACUUAGUGAUGAUGAGUUUUGACAUAGUAUUCAGUUGCCUUUCCAAAAGGCAACUGACCACAAUAAAUAAUAAUAAUAAAUAAGUCUCAGGUGGAAAUUUUACAGUUGAAAUUAUUUUUACAAAUUUUUUAAAUAUGUGAGACCUCAUCACCUCUCUGCAUUUUUGCAGUUCCAAUCCAAAGUAGCCAUCAUAAACAGAAGGGGCUAAACAGAUAGCAUCACUUAUUUACCGCUGCUUAAUAAAUAUAGGAAACUGUUUACAUUGAACAUUAAUGUGAAGCUCUUUAGCAUUUAAAGGGAUUUAAUAUAUACCCCUUUAUUGACAAUAACAAUGAUUACAAAAUGCUGAUUCCAUUGUCUGUCUGUUUUGUUGCUUUGCUGUUUGAUGUCUAAGAAUGUUAACAGAAACAAUAUGAAUGAAUGAACGAAUAUUGAAUUGAAUUUGAACUUGAACUUUGCUUUUGUUGCACAACAUAUGAUCCAAGUAAGUGUUAAUAAAACUAAAGUAGGUAUUUUGAAGGCUGGGAUCACACUGUAUAGAAGAGCUACUGACAAAACAUUAACUGUGUUUUUUAAAUCAACCAUUUGUUAUACUGAUUGAAGCAAUAAUAAACUCUUGAUCUUAGUAAA